UCCAACUUUGUGCUGCAUUUCUGAUCCAGGCUGCAGUUUGGGGAGAAAAUGGAGGCUCAUUUCAUCAUAUUUACCUCGCUCCUCCGUCUACAACGAGCCUUUCGACCGACGAACGGACUUUAAACGUUGCUAUUUGACGGGAUUUUACUCUCCAAUCUGAAGUUAUUCUCGCUAGGUCUUCUAUCACAUGGCGGAGAUUGGCAGCAUCAUGGUUUGGCUCCGCGGUGCCCUCGUGACCGGCUGCAUUUCCUGGAAUAAGCUGGAACCUGAGCCUUGAAAGCCACACCAUGGAAUGAGUGUAGUACCACACCUCAGCUUCAUCUGGCCCACCAGCAUCAGCAGGAAUCACAGACACAAAGAGAGACACAAACAAAUACGGGACACGGAGGAGGAGGACUCUCUGCUCCUGCCCGCUUUUUUUUUUUAUCUAUUUAGGUCAGCCAUCCAGAAAGAGAUCAUUUGGAGGGAGUGAGCGUCAGUGUGUGUGUUUCUCUUUUAGAGUAGGUGCCUGCCCUGGGCACUGAGGACAUGAGGCCAAAAACUUUCCCAGCUGCCCCCUAUGUGGGGAACACGCGCCAGAGGCUUCAGGAGAUCAAGGAGGGUCUGAAGCAGCCGGCCAAGCUUGUGAGCCAGGCCCUGCACGGGGGCAGCUCCCGGACCGAGGGCGGCAGAGGGGCCGACUGCAAGAGCGGGAAAGACACGGCCAGCCGCCAGCAGCAGCUCCGACCGCCACAGAAGUUUAACAACUACCAGAAUGCCCUUCGAGAAAUCAGAAAGUCCCUCAUGCCCUUUGCCAACGAGUCAGGCCCCUCUUCAGGGUCAGGACACCCUGCAGGAGCCGGGGAGGUGAACCGGCAGAUGCUGCAGGAUUUGGUCAAUGCCGGCUGUGACCAGGAGAUGGCUGUGAGGGCGCUAAAGCAGACGGGGAGUAGGAAUAUCGAAGCCGCCUUAGAGUACAUCAGCAAAAUGGGUUACCUUGACCCCCGCAAUGAGCUCAUCGUCCGUGUCAUCAAGCAGACUUCACCAGGUAAAGCUGGCAUGCCAAACUCAAUGGACCACCGCCCUGCAUUAGAGGCUUCAGGGGAAGUGGGUGCCAUGCCUCCGUACCACCAGAUGGGGGCUCCAAUGUAUGACGGGGCAGCUGGUUACGGCCCUGAGGGGGAGAUGUCCAGAGCCUACAUGGGCGCUCCCCCUGUGAUGAACUACAUGAUGCCUCCUUCUGGUGCAGCACAGGGUCCUGCCAUGGGAAACCCGAUGGGUCGACCUCCCAGUAUGGGCAACUAUCCAGCGGUGAUGGCCCCCCAGGGCAACCAGCCCAACAACAUGUACCCUCCAGGGGCGCCACAGAAAGGCUACACCGGUGGUAUGGAACAGCAUGGCCCCAUGAUGAGCUACAAUGUCCCCGGUCAGCCUCUGCAGCUCCAACCUCAGCCACCAGGAGGCCCUGUUCCUGGUCCACACUAUGAUUAUGGCCAUACCAGGCCACACAUGAUGGAGCCUGCAGGUUAUGGAGUGAAGAGGACCGCCUCCUUUCAGAACAAGAUGGCACCGCCUCAAAUGGCGCCCCCCGAUAACUACGUCAACAUGCAAGGAAAAGGGGCCAUGGUUCAGAAUGGUCCUGGAGGAGGAGGUGGAGGUUACCCUGCAAACCUGUAUCUGCCCCCUCAUUCCCACCCACGCCAGGCCAGCCCCACGUCCCACCAGGUCCACAUGAUGUCCCGCUCCCCAGGUGGAGUCACAACCAUGGGCCCAGACUUUUCCGACAUGCCGCAGGGCUUGAUGACCCCAUCUAGGGCGAGCCUCAACCUGGACCUGUAUGAGCACCACUGGGCCGGGCCUCCAGGUCCAGAAGGGGCCCCUCCAGCUAGGCAGCCCCAGCCUCAGGGCCCAUUUAGGGGGGAGGUGCGGGUCCCCAGCAGAACCAACUCGUUCAACAAUCGCUCUGCUGGUCCAAAUGGUGUCCGACCAGCGAUGGCUGCUCCACCUCCAGCAGGAAAACAGGACCCCUCUUUGGGCCCACCAAACACCAUCACAGCUGUAACGUCCCCGCCCAUCCAGCAGCCAGUGAAGAGCAUCCGUGUGAUGAGACCAGAGCCAAAGACUGCCGUGGGACCCUGUCACCCAGGGUGGAUGACGGCUCAGACCCAGGAAGCAGCCGAGUCUCUGGGCUACAUGCCCGAGGAGACCUACCCUCUGGAGCCUGCUCAGGAGCCACGCUGCCCACCACCACCUUACCCCAAAAACCUGCUCAUGUCCGGGGCAGCUGUCGAGCCCGGAGCCCUGGAAGGAGCAGGGGACAUGUGUGGAGCCCCGCACCUGAAUAACCCUGCAGCCAGAAACACCCGCGGCGGCAGUGGAGGGAGCGGAAAGGGCGAGGAGAGCCAGCAGGCGAAAGAGAAGACGAAGAUGGGAAAAGGAGAAAAAGCAGUGAAAGACAAGAAGCAGAUCCAGACGUCACCUGUGCCUGUGAGGAAGAACGGACGUGAUGAGGAGAAGAGAGAGUCACGCAUCAAGACCUACUCACCGUUUGCGUUCAAAUUCUACAUGGAGCAGCACAUAGAGAACGUGAUGAAGACGCACCAGCAGAAACUGAACCGCAGGCUUCAACUGGAGCAAGAGAUGUCAAAGGCCGGCCUAUCAGAAGCAGAGCAGGAGCAGAUGAGGAAGAUGCUGAACCAGAAAGAGUCCAACUACAACAGGCUACGCCGAGCCAAAAUGGACAAGUCAAUGUUUAUCAAAAUCAAGACUCUUGGCAUCGGUGCCUUUGGUGAAGUUUGUCUGACCCGAAAGGUGGACACUGGAGCACUUUAUGCCAUGAAGACACUGCGCAAGAAAGACGUCCUCAACCGCAACCAGGUUGCCCAUGUGAAAGCAGAGCGGGACAUCCUGGCCGAGGCAGACAACGAGUGGGUGGUGCGUCUCUACUACUCCUUCCAGGACCGUGACAGCCUCUACUUCGUCAUGGACUACAUCCCCGGAGGAGACAUGAUGAGUCUGCUCAUCAGGAUGGGCGUCUUCCCCGAACCAUUGGCGCGUUUCUACAUAGCCGAGCUGACGCUGGCCAUCGAGAGCGUGCACAAGAUGGGCUUCAUCCACAGAGACAUCAAGCCCGACAACAUCCUCAUUGACCUGGACGGACACAUCAAACUUACCGACUUUGGUUUGUGCACAGGUUUCCGCUGGACGCACAACUCCAAGUACUACCAGAAAGGGAGCCACGUCAGACAGGACAGCAUGGAGCCCAGUGACUUCUGGGACGACGUGUCAAACUGUCGCUGUGGUGACCGCCUGAUGACACUGGAGCAGCGCGCCAACCGGCAGCAUCAGCGCUGCCUCGCUCACUCCCUGGUGGGAACACCAAACUACAUCGCACCAGAGGUGCUGCUGCGCAAAGGCUACACGCAGCUGUGCGACUGGUGGAGCGUGGGAGUGAUCCUGUUUGAGAUGCUGGUGGGACAGCCGCCCUUCCUGGCCUCCACACCAACAGAGACUCAGAUUAAGGUCAUCAACUGGGAGAGCACUCUGCAGGUGCCGGCUCAGGUCAAACUGAGCCCCGAGGCGGUCGACAUCAUCGGUCGUCUCUGCUGCUCUGCGGAGGAUCGCGUGGGUUCAAACGGUGCAGGCGAAAUCAAGGCUCACCCUUUCUUCUCCCAGAUGGACUUCUCCAGCAAUCUGCGGCAGCAACCGGCGCCCUACAGACCCAAGAUCGCCCACCCGAUGGACACGUCUAACUUUGACCCUGUGGAGGAGGAGGGCGGCCCUGGGGCAUGGAGCGACAGCGGGGACAGCACCAGGGCCUUGGACAUGCUCUGCUCGCCACACGGGAAGCACCCAGAGCACGCUUUCUACGAGUUCACCUUCCGCAGGUUUUUCGACGACAAUGGCUGCCCCUUCCGCUACCCUAAACCUCCCGAGAGCUGCGAGGGGCCGCAGAGUAUCAGCGGAGCCGCCUGCAUGGGGCCGGAUGAGGAUGACGAACAAGAAGAAGAGGAGGAGGACGAUGAAGACAUGGGGGAGGAGGGAGAGCAGGGGGAGGGGUGUGAGCCGGUUUACGUCUAGAACUAUACCUGAGCGGCGUGUGUUUGUUACUGCCGACUAAUGCUCAUCCCCAGCCCAUGACCUUCCCACCUGCUCUACUUUCUGUCUGUGUGUAAAGGCUGCACAGGUGUGUCUGUGUGAGUUAAUGCAGAUCUGGCGUGUGUGAUUGUUGCAGGAGCAAGAUUGACAAACAUCGCCACCUUGUGGAAUCUAUAGUUUUUCCACAACGACUUUAAAAGCAAAACUCCCCUGAUCCGGGACCAAGAAACAACACUGACUACACAUCGGUGAAGCAUUGGCGGAUACAAGACUUUUAAGAAGAGGAUGUCUGGAUCAAAGAUGUCUGAUGUGAGGACUGCUUCCUUGUCCCAUUCCUUCCACCCUUGUGUCUUACACCCAGUAUUGGACAUGGAAAAAUGAGGAAUGGAAUCAGCUGAUCACGAGGGAAGGGGGGGGGGGACUGAAUAAGGAGCACGCCUCAUUCAUAGCUGCUGCAAAAUAAGCUACAAAGACACAUGCAUGCACGUGCACACAUUCACAUACAGUUAUCCUGUAAGGGUUAGGUGCAGGGUGGAAAAAUGGUUGUGUUGCCACAACGAUUGAAAGAUUUCAGUGUCCAUGUUAACGUUUCAUGAAGUCAGAAUACAUGGAGAACGUAUUCGAGCAAAGACGCAUCACAGAGACAUAGUUGUUCAGCAGAAAAGUUAGGCUCUGAGAUGAUAUGCGUCCCUUUGGCAACAUCAGGUUUUUGUUUUUUAUAUAUAUAUAUAAAUAUAUAUAUAUAUAUAUAUAUAUAUAGUAUAUUUCUGUGUCAUUUGAAUUGCUCAAAUUUGAUCAAAUUGAUCAAAUGUUAAAGAUCUACAUCCAUUUAGCAAAAAACAUUGUUUCAUCUAUCUAAUAUAUCCAAAGCUGCCUCAUUAUGUGACAAUAAGGGUCGUCAUGAUACCAGAAUUUAAAAAACUUAGUUAGACUCCAGUAAAAAUCAAACCAUAUUUUCUACCUGCUUCGAUACCACAAAUACGUUUUAGCACAUUUUAGUACCAAAACAUCAGUUCUGUAUUUGUGCACUCUCGACUGUGCUCUCUCUCUCUUUCUUCUGGUUCAAUGUAUAACUGAAGAUCUGUAGUUUUUUUUUGUUUUUUUCAAAUCUUCGGCCCUUUUAGCUUCUAUCGAUUAGUAAAAAAAACAAGAUUUUACCUUUUUAAUCACGUGGUAUUGAAAAGUAUUAAAGUAUCAAACAUUUUGACGACCUUAGUGCCAAAUAUAGUUGAUCCAGUUUCCUGUUUUGGAUUCCUAAUGGAGCCUGAUUCUUCUUCUCUCAGAGGUUACUGUUACAAAAACACUUGUUUUCCUGCAAGGCCUCCUGUUACUAUUUAUCUUACUCUGAGGUCUUGUACAGACAGCCAGCACUAAUUCUUUAUUUUUUUCCUGGCGUACACAAAUGAUUUUAAGAAAGUCCGGACCCUAAAAUGACCACAGAAAAAGCAGGUUUUGCAAAUUGACUUUGGAGCUCUUUUGAAACGCUUCAGAUGUCUCAGUCGGGAUGCUAUCCGAUUGCUCUUGUGAUCACGUUCUACUUCUUGUUUACCGGAGCUGCAGGUUGCUUCCAUGCUUUGUUUUAGGUCAAUAACGGAUCUAUAGACUGAAACCUGCUUCAAGAAAACGUAAAGAAAUCAGAGCUGGAGACGCUCGUACGGGACUGCAUCGCUUUCUGACUGAGGAUGAAAACUCUAACACACACUCACUAUGACGUAACGUCACCAGCCUCCUCCGGUCUCCUGGAGGCCGUCAUGACAACACAAAGCAACAACAACAAACGUGAUAGAAUGACUAUGUGCAAUACAAAAAAUACAUUAUCUAUAGUUUUCUAAACACUUAAUAUCUCUUGUUUUUUUGUACUGAAACGUACAAAUAUAUUGGUUUAUUAUAUUUUCUUUUUUCAGUUACAACAUGCUGCUUAUUAUUGUGGUUAAUAUUAUUUACAUUAUUAUUAUUAUUAUUAUAAUUGUUACAUUUGUUUUUCUUUGGCUUGAAGAAGUGUUGGCUCGAGCUGCCAUGUGUGCCUGGGUUUUUUUGAAAGUAAUGAGCUGUGUGCCUUUCUAAUUGAAUGUCGGCGUGCGCGUCGCCCCUCCACGACGAAGGAGACGCUGGGGACUAACGAUGACGAGCGGUGUGUUUUGCAGAAACAUGGAUGGUAGACUCCUUUCACCUCCUGCAGACGGGCUGGCCCUGACUGCGGGAGAGAAAGGAUUCUGGUUCAGGGCGAGAGAUGGAUCAGAGGAGACAGAAGUUAAAAUGACGACGAGGAGCGAGGAAGGUUGGCUUCAGGAAUUGUAAUCUGAAAAAAAAAAAAAAAAGAAUAAAUAGCUUUGUGUAUUUAACAAAAGCAGAACUUCAUCAAAGAGUAUCAGUUUGGUACAUUUUCUUUAUUUAUCCGAAAUGAGCACCAGUGUGAGUGUCUGUUCUUUACCACAGAGCUGUGCCAUGUCCUAGUUUGACAACACUAUCACCCCGUAUCGUCUUGCUUAUUGACAAUCAAACACCAUAACUGCUCUCGUUGAGUCGUGAUGAACUGUUUGGUCAUUUGAUACCAAACUGUUCCAACAGUAUUUAGUAUUGAACCGGGGGUGCUUCAGGAGUCACAACCUGUUUGAUUCUCUGAUGUGUAACCGGCAGAAUGAGUGAAAACGUGUGGAUAAGAUUUGUUACGACAGAUUUUCAAGUUUUUUUUUAUUUUUUGUUUUAUUUUGCUCGACAAUGUAUUGAAAGAUUGUUUUUUUCUGUAAAUGUGCCUUGUGUUCUGAAUGAGCAGCACAAUCUUAAAAGAUUGCUUUCUCUUUAUAAUCUCUCCUUCACAGACCUCUUUCACCUGUUACUGCUCUUCUUCUAGAGAAGUGGACAGAGCAUGCUUCACACACACACACAGGCUUUGAUUACAUGCAGACGCACGGAUCAGAAAAGGCAGAAGUCAGGAGGAGGGAAUUAGAGAGAACGAUAAACAACAGCUCAAGACGUUAAAGACAAACGUAAAGCUGCUAAAUAAACAAGAAAUAUAAAUUGAAGAUAAAUGCAUUAUGAAAGUGGUUUUACUGGGGGCGACGGUAGCCUAGUGGUUAUUGCGCGCCCCCAGUACAGAGGCUCAUGUCCUUGUGAGCAGGUGGCCCGGGUUCGAAUCUGACCUUUGGCACCUUAACCUGCAUGCCGUUCUCCACUCUCUCUCUCUCUCUCUCCUGGGUUUCUGACUCUAUCCCCCGUCCUAUCUCUAAAAUAAAACUCUCAAAAAGAAAGUGGUUGAACUGGUGUUGUGAACUAAUGGUGGGUAAAGACUUAAAUAUACCAUUUAACUGAGACUUUUUCUUCAACUCAUUGCAGAGGAAAGGGGUCUAAAACAUUGCCUCUAUAGACGCAGAUUUCUAUUUGUACCGUUGGUGGUGGUAAAGCAGGAUGUUGCAUGUAAACAUUGCCAGUGUGGCCUGUAAGCAGUCCAAAUCAAUCAAACCAGUCUCUCUCAGAGUUUUGGAUCUGGAGGUGCCUCUCUCACGGUCACCGUUCUCAGAUUGAGUCAGAGCUGGUUUGGUUCUUUCACUCUUCCCUGUACUUCCUCUUUCAGCUGGUCCAGAUGUGCCUUCUCUCCUCUGAACCUCUCAGUGACUUUGUUGUUUUUGUUGAUAUCAGGUCAGACUGCUUCAUGGCUAAAAAGCUUUAUCAAAGAGUGUGUGAGGGCUUUCCUGGAUGUGUGUGUGUGUGUGUGUGUGUGUGUGUGUGUGUUUUCUGUUUCUAAGGUUUGAGAGUGAUGACUGACAAUCUUUUACUGACUUGAUAUCUUCACGAGACGUACCUGUGUAUCUUUUCAUUUUGUAUUUUUACUCUAAGGAGGAUUUUCCUUAAUGUAUGAUACAAUCCUGUUACUCUUGCCUUUAUAUUUAUACAGAUAUACAUAUUUUUUGUAUCUUUUUUUCCCCCUUGUGCUAUUGUUAAAUGUCUACGCAGUAUUAUUGAUGAUGUAUUGUGACAUCAGCAUGAUGUCGGCGAUCUCUUUUUUUUUACAUUUAUGUAUCAAAUGAGAAUUUGUAAAAAUGCUUUCACAGUCCUCGUGUGUAAAAUGUAUGUAUAAAUUAAAUUAACCAUCUUUGA